AUUUGCUGUUCUUGAUCUUUUUCCCUUUUUAUAAUCAACGAGCGCUGCAUGCCCUUGCUCUCCUUGCCAUCCAAAACACAUUAUAUUCGCUUUUCCCACUUUUUUAUUUUACGCAUUCCGCGAAUUCACCAACUCGGCCGCAAUUAUCAGACAAUGGCAGACACCAACACCGACCCCACAUACAACAUCGAGGACUACCAGAAGAUCAAAGAAGGCAAGGCGACCAUCCUGUUCCCCAAAAACAAUGAGGUCUUUUACAACCCUGUGCAGGAGUUCAACCGGGACAUGUCCAUAGCCGCCAUCAAGAACUGGCGCGAUAUCACCAUGGAGGCCAAGACUGAGCGCUUUGAAAAGUCGAUCAACCCGACCAAGGUGAUGCCACCCAAGACCUUCACCGUGCUGGAGGCCCUGGCUGCAUCGGGCCUGCGCUCCGUGCGGUACGCCAAGGAGAUUGAGGACAUUGAGUAUAUUCUUACUAAUGACCUGCUGCCCGAUGCCGUCGAGUCUAUCAAACGCAACGUGCACUUUAACGGCUUGAGCCAGAAUCUCGUGCGCGCGAACCAAGGCGAUGCCAUUUCGGUCAUGUACGGCUACCGCGAUAAGGAGCGCUUCGAUGUUGUUGAUCUGGAUCCCUACGGCACUGCCGCGCCCUUUAUCGACGGCGCCAUCCACGCGGUCAAGAAGGGCGGCUUGAUCUGUGUUACCUGCACAGACUUGGCCAUUUUGGCCAGUAACAACCAUCCCGAGGCGUGCUUCGCCAAGUACGGCGGCAGCCCGCUGAAGGCCGAGUUCUGCCACGAGCUGGCGCUGCGUCUGGUCAUUAACAGCCUGCAGCAGGCUGCCAACCGCCAGAAGCGCUACAUCGAGCCUCUUCUGUCGUGCAGCAUCGACUUUUACGUGCGCAUCUUUGUGCGCGUCCACGACAAGCCCCUCAUGGUCAAGACGGUGGCCAGCCAGACGGGCGUCGUGCACCAUUGCCGGUACUGCGGUACCUACACGACCCAGCCCUUUGGCUCUAUCGAGCCUGGCAAGGGCGCUAACCUUCGCUACCUUGUUCCUUCCUCAUCACCAGUUGACCAGCGGUGCGCACACUGUGAUUCUAAGCAGGAACUCGGUGGUCCUUGCUGGCUUGGCCCGCUGCACAAUAAGGAGUUUGUCCAGCGCAUGUACAACAGCGUCAGCGCCACGAACAAGAACAUGUAUGGCACGCAGCCGCGUAUGAAGGGCAUGCUCAAGGUCAUUCUGGAGGAGCUGAACGACGCGCCCUUCCACUACAACCUCUCACAGCUGUGCUCUGCCGUGCGCACCUCGUGCCCGCCCCUGGUCAAGAUCAACUCGGCGCUGCUCAACGCCGGCUACAGAGUGUCCGGUGUGCACACGCGCCAGGGUUCUAUCAAGACCGAUGCGCCGUCGCAGGUUGUCUGGGACGUCAUGCGCGCGUAUGUCAAGGAGGUUGGCCGCUCGCCGAAGAUUGAGGAGGGCUCAUAUGCGGAUAAGAUUCUCUCAAAGGAGAGUACGACUGAGGUCUCUUUCGAGGAGAACAAGGGCUCGAACCCGGAGUCGCGCCGCAUCAGGCUUGUGCGCUAUCAGAUUAACCCCGAGAAGAACUGGGGACCCAAGGCCCGUCACUCAGAGACGCGCACCCCCAAGGUCGCCGAUCCCAAACGCAAGCAGGAAGAUGAUGCGCCUGCUGUUUCUGAGUCUGUUGCGGAUGCCGUUGCUGGCAUCGAGGCUGUUUCGGUCUCUGAGAAUGAGAACAAGAAGCCCCGCACAGAAUAAAUAAUCAGGUGAUUACAGCCAUUAUUCUACCGUGUUGGCAUUUAGCGAUGGCGACUCUGAAACGUCUUCAGCAGAAAAAAAUACAUAUUCUCUCUCAUUGCUCGCU